AUGCUGGCUGCUAUAUAUGGUAUUUGGAAUCUCAGCUAUCUUCGGCGUAUUAUUGAAGAGGGAGAUGGAUUGUUCGAAAUUGGGGAUUACUCCGAAUACUACAACCAUUACUGGUAUCCAUCGCCAACGAUCCAAGAGAAUGUUCCUACGGCCAAUCUAUUAAUCAAUGAGUCAUCGACAGCGCAUCACAUGCCGGGCGAUAAUGCAUCGUUGCCGUCACCAAUCUCGGUUUAUCAGUCUGGAGCGCCAGCUAUUGAUGGUGAUGCAGCGUCUCAACCUGCUCCCCCUUCUCACCCCCCUCGUUCUCGUCAACCGCGAGAUCCUUUCCUACCUCAGCCUUCAACGCCAAUAACGAAUGCGUCGGAUUCCGAUGAGGGACAAAACAAGAGUCCACCUUACUCACCCGUCGUCGACCUUGUUGAUCCAAAUUCUGCAUUAAACGAAUCAACCACUAUUCUUGAGGCUCCAUCCCUCGAGCCACAGAGUCCCGUCUACUCUCCCCGACUUGAGCCGACACCGACCACCAAUAUGGGUGAAUCUUCUCUUUCAGCUAAAAUUGCCGAAUUGGAGGAGAAAGCACAAUCACUCGAAGAAGAGAACAGCUCUCUUCUUCAAGUGAUCUAUAAUCAGGCUGUGGCGUAUGAUCAACUUCGACGCCAAUUCGAGGAGCAUAUUGCUGGAUGCAAUCAUCAUUAA